AAAGAAACCCGCGGACUUUGCGUUUCUGAUGCUACUUGUAGAUUUUUUCAGUGUUAUCUCAGGAAGUGUGUUUCUUCUUGGAGUAGUUUCGACAGAAUCAAGGACCUAUGUAGUGCGUAAUCUUCCCUUUGAUGGAGUUGUAGAUAGUUUCUCGGAUGCUGUUAGCCUAUUUGGGCCCGAAGUUUUCCACAGAGAUGGUUACUUAGUAAUCGCCAGCCCAAUUAACGGAUGUUCGUUAAUUCAGCCUCCACCCAUUAAUAUUAGCUCAGGAGACUUUAACAAGAAUUCAUCUGUAUCUUUUGUCUCUUAUUUUGCUUUAAUUCAACGCGGUGGAUGUGAUUUUGAUCUAAAGGUGUUGAAUGCUCAACAGAAAGGCUAUACUGGAGUUAUAGUUUUCAACACAAUAAACGACAAGAUAUUUCCUAUGAAUGGCGGGGAACGUGCUAGUCAAAUCUUAAUUCCAUCUGUUAUGGUAGAUAAACGUGCUGGGUUAAAAUUAAUGAAUUAUUCUAUCAAUAGUUCUAUUAAUGGCUCAAGAGAAUUUAUGAUAAGUAUCGUAAGCUUUUAUGGUUUACCAUUGAAAUAUGUACUUCUUGCACUUUUGAUUGUUGUUGGCAUUUCAUUGCUGAUCCUUGUAAUUGCAUUUACUAUUCAUUUAUGCCGUUUUUGGCGUCGAAUACGUCGUGGUCGUCUAUCACGACGACAUUUACGUCAAUUAGUUUUAAAACGUUUUAAAAAAGGUCUGGAUCCAUAUGAUGUAUGUUGUAUAUGUCUAGAGGACUAUGUGGAUCGAGAUAAACUACGCCUAUUACCAUGUCAACACGCUUUUCAUAUGAAAUGUAUUGAUCCCUGGUUACUAUGUAAUCGUCGACGUUGUCCAAUAUGUAAUCAAAUAGUUGAAUUACCCGGCGCACCUUCAACAUCUGAUGAAACUGAAACAGUAGGACCUAAUAAUAAUAAUAAUGGUUUUUUACUAUACAUACCAAGAAGACUAUUGAAUCUCAUUAGACGUCAUUCUCAUGAAUCAAUGAGUACUAGACGCCGUUCGGUAGAAUCCGAUCAAUCUAAUGAACAUUAUCAAAUUGAUGAAGAGCAUACUCCGUUACUACAAACUGAUGCAAUUCAAAAUCAUCAUGUUUGUAGUGAUAAUGUCAUACAUAAUUCUUCCCUAAUAUCAAGACGUCCUGAAAUUCAUUCUUCAUCACAAGUUGAUGAAGAUGAUGAAAUGUUGCGUUCCGAUUUGGUUGAUCUAAAACAAUCAUCUGGUCGAUCAAGUUCAAGUCCACCGGCUAUUGAAUCUUUGAAUAAUUGUAAUGAUUUAAAUAAUGAUCCUUUCAAUAUAUUCCCAUCAACAUCAUCAUCAAAUUUAAUUCAACAAAAGUUAUCUCCAAAUUCAUUAGCAUCAUCUUCUAUUGAAUCAAAAAGAAAUACGCUUGAAUUACCUCAAAUGACCAUCACAGUUACAUCAAAUAUAUUAUCAACUACAUUAGAGAUGAAAACUGAAGAUACAGGAGAUGAUGUAUUAAUCACUGAUGUUAAAAUGUAAGAACCGUAUAAAAAAUGAUUCAUAUUUAUUUGGAUAAAUAGUAUUCUACAAAAUUUAAUAAUGAUAAGAUUAUAAUUACCACUUUGUUAUUGUAUCCAAGUGAAUACUCAUACAGUAUAUAUAAACAGCAAUAAUCUUUGUUAUUUCACAUGGUUUCUUGAUUCCCAGUUAUUUUCAUUGAAAUAAGUGUGCAUAUUAUUAAACUAUUACUUCAUCGUUAUCAUAGUAAGAGUAAUUGUUUGUGUUCUAACUAAAGAUAUACUUAUUAUUACUAUUGUUACACUAUUUCAAAUAGAUUCCAAGCAAAAAAACAUUGUGUUCAUGUUCACAUCAAUUAAUUAAACGUAACUACUAUAGUUCUUCCAACCAAUUUGUAUGUAUGUAUGUAUGUAUGUAUGUAUGUAUGUAUGUAUGUAUGUAUGUAUGUAUGUAUGUAUGUAUGUAUGUAUGUGAACGUCAUACAAAAUAAACUUCAUAUAGAAGAAAAUCUUAUUUUAUUAAGCUUCACUGUAAUAUUAAUAAUAAUAAUCACAACUACUCCCGUCAGAUUCUUUUUGCUCUGAUGUUCUCUUUUUUUUAAUUCUUGUUCCUUUUUUUUAAAUCAAUUACAUUCAUCGUUUCUCUCAUUGUUAUUUUCUUGCAAAAACGAAGAAUUAUUUUUGGGCUGUGUUGUAUUUUUUAAUUAAUAAUUAUUAUCAUUGAAAAAAAAAUUUUUUUUGCACAUUUUCCAUGUAUAUGAUUUAGUUCACUGUCACAAAUAGGUGCAGUAGAGAGAUAGAUAGAUAGAGAAAAGUAAAGAUUGAGGAGUGUAAUACAUAGAGAAACAAGAGAAUAUUCAUUGGAACACAAUUUAUUAUCAUAAUUUCAUUUUGUAAAAGAAAACAAUACGAAUCAGACUGAUCACUUCGUCUCACAAUCAGACAUUUAUUCUCUCUUCAGUUCGUUUUCUUUUUUUUCAUCACCACUUCUUUCUGUUUCUUUUUUUGUAUACCUAUAUAUGCGAAAUAAAUUUCUGUGUAAUC